AUGGUUUGUUAUACACCAAUUAUAUCUAUAUCACAUUUUUCAAAGUCUUCAUUUGAUAGUUUAGAAAGCAAUCAUUGUAAUAAAAAUGUUGCUUGUAAUAGUGCCAAAGGUAAAGAAAUUUGUAAUAGUGCUGAUGGCAAAGAUAUUUGUAAUGAUGCUGAAGAUGAAGUAACAUGUAAUAGCACUAAUAGUAAAGAUGCUUGUAAUGAUAAUAAUGAUAAAGAUUCUUGUAAUAAUUCUAAAGGUUUAUCUUCUGAAGUAGUAAGAUCAUAUAAUUCAAUUUCUAAAAAACUUGCUAUAUUUAUAACUAUGAGAGCUGCAAGGACUGCAAAG